UGGGAGGUGAAGUACUAGAGCAAGUUGACAUAUAUGUUUGGAAAAAUCAAAUAAUUUCAUGUUGGAAGGGAAGUGUCGGAAGAUAAUGCCGGAAAAGUUAGGUUAUCAGCUCCCUUUGACAAUCGAACGUACACGGCGUGAGUCGCUCGGAAGUCCGCGACUUUGUCAAAUUCGCCGGCCCAACACGGAACCGUUGUCUACCUCUAGUGCCAUUCGCGUUUUAUCCAAUAAACGAGCCGCGUCCUCGUUUCUACCAACUGAAAAUGAUAAAAACGUACGUGUGCCUUUACCAGCAACAUGCGACCGACCUGCCGGAAUGUAUCGAUCUCGCUACAAACAACUGCUACGAUGCGGUCGCCAUUCCUAUCGUCAAUACCCUGUUCUACCGGGAGCUUGCGGCGCAACCGAUUAAAUCCAGGCACGCUGUAUUCUCGCGCUCGGAUCUCAUCCUGAAAUCGACUGAUUGGUUGCAUAAAGUGAUUUCUGUCCUAAGCGACAAUAUAGACUGCGACUCGCCGGACGAGGAAGUGCGUCGACAUUCCGAGGCAACAUUGAUCCAGGAAAUGUCCUUCGCAGAGCACCUGGUCCAGCACGGGCACAUGAUGGUUCGCAUCAAGUCGGGAAGGACUGUCAACUUUGCACGACUCAUUAGCCGCAGUAUAAAAGGAACUGUCCUGGCUGCAGUUCCCAUGGUUGAUCCAAAUUACAUGAAACAAGUUUGGCGCUCGGAUUGCGCUGAGGAUGAUGUGGAGGGCAGUGCAGAAGAUACGUGGACCUGGUGGAACAAAUUCCGCACCGCCGCCGACUUCAAUACAAAAAUCAAACUCGUGCUGGAACUGAGUGAGGACCUGCCCAGCAAAGAGUCUCUACGACGUUGGUUGGGCGAACCGGUCGAGUGCAUAAUUGUGCCUUCGCAUAUGUUCGUCCGCAACAAGAACAACUAUCCCGUCUUGUCCAAGGCGCACCAGGAGAUUCUCUCCAAAUUCAUUGGCAACAACACACACUUCAUCGUGAAGGCAAGCCGGGAGGAUGGCAGUCUGCGGCACUAUGCAGAGUACAUUAAACAUUUAGUGGAGAAGUUCAAGGUAGUCGAUCCGAUGCAAGGAUUUGAUGAUCUGCUCGAAAUCCCGCUGCAACCUCUCAUUGAUGACCUCGAUUCCUACACAUAUGAAGUUUUCGAGAAGGAUCCUACUAAAUAUAAGUUUUAUCAAGACGCGAUUGAACUUGCACUUGUCGAUAGAGUUCCCGAUUCCAAAAUAAGCAAUAAACCUGUGAUUAUUAUGGUAGUAGGAGCUGGACGUGGACCAUUAGUCAGGGCUGCGCUGAACGCGUCAGCCAAUACCGGUCGUAAAAUUAAGGUUUACAUAAUAGAGAAGAACCCAAACGCGGUGGUAACUCUCACAUCCUUAGUGGAAGAACUUUGGAGUGACAAAGAUGUACAGAUCAUUUCAUGCGAUAUGCGCGAUUUCACCCCUCCCGAAAAGGCUGAUAUUCUAGUCUCCGAGUUAUUGGGAUCAUUCGGUGAUAAUGAAUUAUCGCCCGAAUGUCUGGACGGGGCCCAAAAACACUUAAAACCUGACGGAAUAAGCAUACCAUGCCGCUCUACCUCAUACGUAAAUCCAGUGAUGUCGUCGAAAAUCUACAAUCUUGUACGGCAAGUUGUGGUGGACCGUUGCACGAAUCCCCGUGAGAAAAUGCAUAGCUACUCGACUCAGGCGGAGAACAACUACGUCGUUUACUUAAAAAACGUCUACCACAUUGCCGAACCACAAGCGCUCUUCGAAUUCAAUCAUCCGAACAAGGAUAAAGUUAUAGAUAAUUCCCGUUAUAAGACACUCACUUUCGAAGUAACACAAGAUUGUGUUUUGCACGGAUUCGCUGGGUAUUUUGAUACGAUUUUAUACAAGGACAUUGUUUUAAGCACGCACCCACAAAUGCAUUCGAAGAGCUUAGUUUCGUGGUUUUCGAUGUUUUUCCCGAUCACGGAGCCGCAGCAACUCAAGGCUGGCGAUAUGCUCGAAGUUAACUUUUGGCGGUGCCUAUCCUCACAGAAGGUGUGGUACGAAUGGAGUACAUCACACCCGCAUAUGUCGCAUGUUCACAACCACAAUGGCCGUGCAUGUCCUAUAUAUAAAUGAAUUUGCAUUUCCACUCGAUUUGGUUUAAGUUUCAAUGUAUUUUUAUUUAUUUUGAUUAUGUACAGAAAUAUAUAAACGGCACAAUAAAAGGCACAAUUUCCACAACCUUAA